AUGAACGAGUUGAAGCGUAAGAUCAGUGAAGCGUCCGGAAGCUCCGAGUCGACCGUACAGACGCGAAGUCGCCAAAUCGAAGGCACAGAACUCGAGGGACUGCAAGAGACGUUGGCAACCGGGACUCAAGAACUUAACCGAUUAAAGGGCGCUCAAUCAGCGUGGGAAACUGUUGAUAUCCUCAUCUACUCAGGCAGAAUAUUUCCGCAGAAUAGAAAAUUCCGCCGCGGGUAA